AUGAAUGAAUGUUAUUAUUACCUACUGUUACUGAGUUUAUUCAGUAAUUUUCAACAUUCAUUGACAUAUGAAAAUUUUGAACAAGAUUUUUCUAUUCAUUUACCAAAUAUAACUAUACAACAUGUAUGUGAAAAUGAUUUACUUUAUAUAAAAUGUUCAAAUAUAAAUGAAACAAUUCAAAUUAUACGUUCAAUGUAUGGACGAACAUCACAAAGAAUAUGUAAUAAUAAUUUAACAUAUCGUUUUUUUGAUAAAACAUGUGCAAAUAUUGAACAAUCAAAAUAUCAAACAAAACUACGUUGCCAUGAAAAAUCUACAUGUCAAAUAUUAAUUGAUAAUCAUAUAUUUAAUGAUCCAUGUGGAUUAAAUAUUCCAAAACAUUUUGAAAUUCAUUAUCGAUGUAUUGACAAAAAACAACUUUGUUCAAAAUUAUUUCUUAAUUGUUCAAGAUCAAAUGAUUUAAAAUGUAUUCAAAAAAUUCAAGAAGAUUUUUCUUGUCAAUGUCCAUCAACAUUUUGUCAAUAUAAUAAUAAUCAAAUAAUUGGAUUUAUUAAAAAAUAUUGUCCAGAAGAAAAUCUUCAAGGUUUUCAUUGGCCUAAAACACUUAUUAAUAAAAGUCAAUAUCUUUCAUGUCCUUCUCCAUGCAUUGGUACAUAUAUUAGAUUUAUAGUGAUGAAAAACAAAUUUACAGCAGAUGUAUUAUUAAGUGUCCUUCUUGACGUUAAUAGCCAGCAAGAAUUUGAAAAGACAUUUGUGUGGUCGAAAGAGUUUUCUGUCAGGAUUCAUAGUCAAUGGUCAAAAACGAAUUAUAGCAAUUGUGAUUGUCCAAUAAAACAGUCUGACCAAUUAUCAACACAUCGUUCAGCUAAUAGUUAUAUGUUCGAAUGUAAUUUUUGGCUAAUCAAUAGAAUAUUGCCUAAGGAUAAUUCAUGUAUUCUUUCAUUUAUGAAUUGGAAAGAAAAAUCAACUGAUAAUUCACUGAAUUGUCUAUUAAGUGCAUUUGAACAAAUGAGAUUUCAAUCAUGUUUAUUAACAAAAUCAUUUGGUAUUGAUUUUCAAAAUUUAGCAUUUGAAAUAUAUAUACCUAUGACAAAUGAAAGUAAAUUUCAUUUAUUAUCAAAUAUUCAAUCAAAUCAAAUUAUUGUUGAUCGUACGGAUAAAAUUGAAGAAAAUAUCGAUAUGAAUUUACCAAUGAUUGUUAUUGAUACAAAAAUGAAAAAUUCAAAAAAUAAAUCAAUUAUUUUAUUUGAACAAAGAAAUUAUUUAAGUCCAAUACAAACAGCUAAUGUUACUAUUAUAUUUAAUCAUCAAUCAUUUGAUUUUCGUUAUCAAUGUCGCGCUUAUCGGUCAGCAAAUUUCUCAUUACAUGUCGAUACAACAAAUAUGUUUGUUGCAUGUCAAUUAUUAUGUUCAAAUAAUAGUCAUGUUAUAUGUCAAUGCCCAUUUUUCAAUCCAUUCAUGCAUUAUAUUUUAUAUAUCGAUACAUCACGAACUGAGAAUGAUGUAAUGAUUGAUAAUGAUUUAAAUGGAAAAUGUUUUGAAGAAAAUAAGUUAUUAAUUAAUGAAAAUUUAAAUAAAAUCGAUCAAUACUUGAAACAUAUUUCAUCAUUAAACUUUGCAAAAAAACUUUUUUUAUUUAUUGAUAAUAUAAUUGAGAAAGAAAAUGUUUUUAAAAAUUGGGAUAUUAUUGAUCGAUUUAUUAGACAACUUGAAUUUCUUGGUUUUCAAUUACUUAAUCUAUCGAAUUCAUUUACUUCAAUUACAAAUCAUAUUGAAUUUUUUAUUAAAUCUAAACAAAUUCAAUAUGAAAAUAUUGAUCAAUCAGUAACAAUAUUAAUAAUGAAUGAAUUAGAUCAAAAUCUUGAAUAUCAAAUUAUAUUUUUUACAAUUUCAAAUUUAAAUAUAAAUCAAUCAUUAAAUAGUCCUAUUGUUUAUUUAAACUUAAUACCAGAAACUAUAUCCAUAGAUAAUAUUCAAAUUAUAUUUCGUCAUUUAAAUCGAUCAAAUCAAAUACCAAUUUGUGCUCAUUUAAAAAAUUUUCAACAGGAUCAUGUACAAUGGAGCACAGAUGGAUGUCGAUUAUUAUCAACAAAUUUAACACAUUCAAUAUGUUCAUGUAAUCAAUUGAGUACAUUUGCUUUAUUUAUGGGUUAUCAAAAGAAAUCUAAUGAUAAUCGUUUAUUAUUUAUUUCAAAAAUUGGAUGUAUUAUAUCAAUUGUUUGUCUUCUAUUAACAACUAUUAUACUGAUCAUCAUCCGGUAA